GAAAAAAUCUCUCCCUUCAAAAAGCUUACUCACAAAAAUUCAAAAAUCAGAAAAUCCCAUUUUAAUCCUUCAAUAAAAAAAGUCAUGUCUUCCACCGGCGGCGUCCCGCAACUCUACUUCUGUUACCAGUGCGACCGAACCGUAACAAUAACUCCGUCACCAACCUCCGAUCUCUCAUGUCCUAACUGUCAGGAAGGUUUCCUCGAAGAAUAUGAAUCUCCAAACCCUAGCUCUAACCCUGUCGAUUCUGGUCUCGGCCCCGCCAUCUUACUCGACGAAUUCGCCUCCAUCUUCGGUGGCAUGGCCCCCACUCCUCGAUCAUCAAACAACUCAACAACAACAAACUCUUCUUCCGCGUCGCCGCUUUUUCAAGAUCCCGACGGCUUCAAUCCUUUCGCGUUCCUUCAAAAUUACCUCCAAACCAUGAGAGCCGGCGGAGCAAACAUUCAGUUUGUGAUUGAAAAUAAUUCUGGUAUGGGUGGAAUGGACACCACAGGAUUUCGUCUUCCGGCGAAUCUCGGAGAUUAUUUUAUCGGACCAGGGUUAGAGCAACUGAUCCAACAGCUUGCGGAGAAUGAUCCUAAUAGGUAUGGAACUCCGCCGGCAUCAAAGUCUGCGGUGGAGAAUCUCCCUGAUAUUAAGGUAACGAAGGAAUUAUUGGAGUCGGAUUCUUCACAGUGUGCGGUUUGUAAGGAUAUUUUUGAGCUAGGGGAGGAAGCGAAACAAAUUCCUUGUAAGCAUAUCUAUCAUAAGGAUUGUAUUACACCUUGGCUUGAAUUGCAUAAUUCGUGUCCGGUUUGUCGGUAUGAGUUGCCUACUGAUGAUCCUGAUUAUGAGCAGAGGAAAGGGAAUGGGAAUGAUGGUGGUUAUCAGAAUGCAGGUGGUGGGAAUAGUGGUGGUGGGUCUUUUAGUGAUGGUGAUAAUAGUGAUGGUAACGCACAGACUCCAAGAGACAGGAGGUUUAGGAUUGCUUUUCAGUGGCCUUUUAGUAGUGGUAGUGGUAGGUCGGUUGGAUCAUCAGCGGGGGCUAGCAAUAGUGGGAGUGGGAACAACAAUGAUGAGGAUUCGAGAGGGAAUACCAACUUUGGAUCCGAGACUAGAGAAGAGGAUCUUGAUUGAUUAAUGUUGCUUGGGAUGACAACUGGCAUCUGCAAGGAUUGUUGAACAUAGAAAGAAUUUACAUACGAUUAGUGAACAGGUGCAAUUCCAAUGGUUCAUGCAUAACAAUCCUAUGUAAAUGUUCAUUUUAACUCAAUUUUCAGAAUUGUUUCCAGUUGCAUUAUCUUAUGAAAAAAUUAUGUGCCACA